AUGGCGCAAACUUGUAAUCAAAAGAGGAAUGUUUACAGCAUUGAUCAAAUUUUGGGUCACGCUAAAGAUGAAGAUCAUGCAAAUCUACUGGAAUCUGUACGCAACGUGAGAGGAUCUGGAGACUCGGAUAUCCCGGAUUUCAAAGAAUUACCAGCUUUAUCUGAUUUGCCAGAAAUGAAUGAUAUGGAUCGACCUAAAAAAAUACGGAGAUCGCGAACUACCUUCACCACUCAUCAGCUUCAUCAGUUGGAGAAGGCAUUCGAGAAAACUCAGUACCCUGAUGUUAAUUAUAGAGAAGCGCUUGCAUCCAACUUGGAACUUUCAGAAGCACGGGUUCAGGUUAGUUUUUAA